GAAGCCGUGGUUCGAUCCAUUUGCGACUGUCGUGGAGCCAUACCACCUCCAAUACAUAAACAGAUUCAAGUUUUCCAAGGAAGAAACGAUGUCGACCUAUCGAGGUCGUGGUCGUGGUCGUGGAUGGAUUCAAGAUGACAAGGAUCCACCUCCUAAGCCAGGAAACCUGUUACGUACAGAGGAUGCCGAUUGUAAUACCAAUCUUGUUGAUAUCGUCAAUAGCGUCACCGAUGAAAAUUUGGAGCAACAGGCUGAAGAAUUUAUAAAGCUUAUCGAUAGUGAUUUCAAAGAAACAUACGAUAAACUACACGAGUGUGCUAGAAACGAUAAAGAAUUUGGUCAGAAGCUUCUACGGCUUGUACGACGUUCGCGUACUCAUCCACAAGCGGAGUGUGCGAAAUCCAUGGGUAUAUUUAAAUACGUAAUAAAUACUGUGCAGAACAAUUAUGAAGAAAGGAUAAAAAUUAGACAGGAGAAUACUGUUCAAUUUUAUAACGACAUUUAUCUACUGUCCGAACUUGUGACUUAUUUUACAUCGGGCUGUAUGAUGUCAUGUGUACUGGGAGCAAUGUUGGACUACAUGGAAAUGUUACUGGAAACAGCAUCCGCGGAAGACAUACGCAUGUUCACGGAACAAAUAACCGUUCAUGGAAAGUUGAUCGGUGCCACACACAAGAUUAAAAUGGAUGAAUUAAUGAUAAUGGCCAGACAAGUACUAAUCAAAAAUGAUUUCUCACCUACGUCUCGUCAAAUGUUAUUGUACGCGAUAGACUUGGUUAAUCAAAAUUUCGAACCAUUACCUAAAAACUUACAAGAAUUCUAUGAGCUACAAUUGGGGAAAAAUUUCAUACAACAGUGAUUCUCGACGUAAAGAUAAUGGAAAUUGUAAUUUCAGUCUAAAUUCGAAAGAAGAUUUUGCGAUAAUAUAUAUAUUCCAUCGAAAAUUGUACGAGAUCGUUAGAUGAUAACGUCGAAAGAACGUCGUUUCAGCGAUCGAAACUUAAGAAGAAAAUAAAAUAGUAAUACUCGAUUGAAUUCUAAGAGGUGUAGAGUGGUCACGUCAGAAAUAACAAUCACGCCAGAAAACGUAAAUUCUGCAACGAACAAAAUCAAUUCUGGAGAAUGUUCACUGGUCUAUGUGAUAUUACAAUACGAUGCAAUGUAACGCUACAUUGGACGAAGAUUCUAUGUAUAAACGAGCAGGAGAUUUUAUUAUAAACUUGGACUGUUAUUUAGGAUAAAUACUUACAUAUUUACCAAAGUAAUAAAUAUAAGAAUAAAAACGCAACACGAAAAUUGACCAUAUCACAACCUAAAGUGGUUCUAGUCUGGUAGAAGUUUGAGGAGGUAAACAUUGGUAUAAAAAUAAUUCUAUGUUGCGCUAGUUUUAAGGAAAAAUUCGAUCGCAUUUAUUAUAUUCAAAUAACUCAU